UAAUAAGAAAAUAUAACAAUUUUGCCACCAAGGCUCCCAUUAAUCUAUAAGGUAACUUUACAUGUAUUUAUGGGCAUGCAAGUUGUUUGGAUUGGGACAUUAAUAUUAACACAACUCAAACAUUGCAAACAGAGCCUGAGCCUACUCUGAUACUGCAGCAGUGGCUUUCUAUAUGCCCAUACUCCACCCCCCUGCUCUAACGAAGGAAUAACGUUGGCAGAUAUGUAUCUGUUAGUUAUUUGGUAAAGAGUGCAUAAACUGAGUAACACCCAAAGGACAGACGACCAUCCUCCUGAGACUUAUCAGCCAACUGGAUCGACAAUAUGGCAAACCAUAUCCAUCCAAUAACUGGGGACCUCUACAGAGACGCUGCCCCUAUACCAGAUGAUAUGCCAAAGGUCCAGGGCUAUGACUUCAAUCAGGGUGUGGACCACCGAGCCCUUCUGCAGUCGUACCUCACCACAGGCUUCCAGGCCACAAAUUUUGGCAAGGCUAUCCAGGAGAUCAACAACAUGAUAAAGAAGCGUCAACAACCGGUGAAGGCAGUGAAUGGGAUUGUUAUGGAGGACCCAUCAACCUGCCCCUGCCUCAUGAGCUGCACCAUCUUCCUCGGUUAUACCUCGAACCUCAUCAGCUGUGGAAUUAGGGAGAGUAUCCGCUACCUCGCAGAACACAGAAUGGUGGAUGUCUUGGUGACCACAGCUGGAGGUAUAGAGGAGGAUCUGAUUAAGUGUUUGGGCCCCAUUUACAUCGGAGACUUUACCCUGCCUGGCAAAGAUUUGUAUAAAAAAGGUCUCAACAGGAAUGGAAACACUCUGAUGCCUGAUGAAAACUACGCCAAAUUUGAUGAAUGGAUAAUGCCAAUCUUGAAGCAGAUGCUGCUGGAGCAGAACACUCAGGGCGUUCGCUGGACACCAUCUAAAGUGAUCCAUCGUCUGGGCAAAGAGAUCAACAACCCUGAAUCUGUCUACUACUGGGCCUACAAGAAUAACAUCCCAGUGUUCAGCCCUGCCCUGACAGACGGUGCUCUGGGAGAUAUGUUCUACCUUUUCUCAAUUGAGAAUCCUGGCUUGAUUUUGGACAUAAUUGAAGACAUUUCAAAGUUGAACAACCUCGUAGUGGCUGCUAACAGCACAGGGAUGAUCACGCUGGGAGGAGGUGUAGCCAAACACCACAUAUGCAACGCCAAUUCCUGGAGAGAUGGCGCUAACUAUGCAGUAUAUGUGAACACGGCGCAGGAGUUUGAUGGUUGUGACUCUGGGGCCAGACCUGAUGAGGCAGUGUCCUGGGGCAAGAUCACAGCAGAUGCUAAACCUGUGAAGGUGUUUGGAGAUGCUACCAUAAUCUUCCCCUUAUUAGUGGCAGAGACCUUUGCAGUUCAUGCUAAGAUGACUGCUGGCAAGAAAAAAGAAUAAAUAAAGGCCUCCUGAAAUACCUUAACAGUCAGCAUUUUUCUUGGUUAUGUUUAAUAACAAAAGCAUAGAGAAAAUCCUUUUGGUCCCUGUGACUUGAUAUUUUGCUGUCAAUAAUGCAUGUUGACUGUCAAAAAUUGUAUACAAACUUUAAACUUGUAUAUAUUAUCAAAGCUUUUUGUUUUAAUUUUACUUUUUAAAAAUUGUAUUUAUUUAAAACAACAAUAACAACAACAACAACAAACAACAAAAGGGGAACCAAAAAAGUGAGGGGGGACCUGGCUGCAGAGAAGAUGGCAGAUCUCAACCAUGGAAGACCAGUGUCCUCCAAGGCAAAUGUGGUUCUUUUUUGUGGUUUUCAAGACACAUUAGUGACUCCAGCAGGUGGUGGUAAUGCAUCUUAUGCUGGUUGCGAUGAAAUUCCAGAUAGAAGUAGGUUUUUUGAGAUCUGGUUUGAUCCAGUUUAUUUUGAAUGUAUUGUUAAGAGAGCUGAAGUCAAUAAAAUUUUGCCGAUGACAA